UCGUCUCGCUAACACAGUGAAGAUGGUGCAGGCAUUGCAAAUUCUUGCAACACUACUACUUGCUCUUCAUCUCAAUUUUGCAGAUCCCGGACUUCCGCCAUACCCUCCCUAUCCAUUAUCGGAACCUGCAUGUGAUCCCUUUCCAUAUCCUGAACCAUGUCAUGGUCUACCCGACUGGCCACAUGAAUGGCCCCGUUAUUUCCCAAAUGGUUGGCCAGAUGAUUGGCCCUGCGAUUUUCCACGUGGUUUACCAAAUGACUGGCCUCAUGAUUUCCCACAUGGUUUGCCACAUGACUGGCCUGAUAGAUUCCCAAAUGGUUGGCUUCCACAUGAUUUACCACACGGAUAUCCAAAUUCCUGGCCCUGUGACUGGCCUGAAAACUGGUGUGAUAACUGGCCUGACUGCUGGCCCAACUAUUGGGAUGAUUGUGACUAUCCAUAUCCUGAAUAUACGCAUGGCUUACCAGACUGGCCAAGUGAGUGGCCCCAUUAUUUCCCACAUGGUUGGCCAGAUGAUUGGCCUUGCGAUUUUCCACGUGAUUUACCAAAUGACUGGCCUCAUGAUUUCCCACAUGGUUUGCCACAUGACUGGCCUGAUAGAUUCCCAAAUGGUUGGCUUCCACAUGAUUUACCACACGGCUAUCCAAAUUCCUGGCCCUGUGACUGGCCUGAAAACUGGUGUGAUAACUGGCCUGACUGUUGGCCCGACUAUUGGGAUGAUUGUGAUUACCCAUAUCCCGGAAACCCUCAUGGACCAUUCCAUGGGCCAGUAGUAAUACCAAAUCCACAUGGUCCACUAUGUGACUUGCCUCAAGGUUGUCCACAGGCUUGGCCAAACGAAUGGCCACAUCAUUUUCCAAAUGGUUGGCCAGACGAUUGGCCUUGCGAGUUUCCACGUGAUUUUGUUCCUGACUGGCCUCACGAUUUCCCACAUGGGUUGCCACAUGAUUGGCCUAACGAUUUCCCACACGGCUGGCCAGUUGACUUACCUCAUGGAUAUGACUGGCCUUGUGAAUGGCCUGAUAACUGGCAAGAAUACUGGCCAGACUGCUGGCCAAACUACUGGGAUGGUUGUGAUUACCCCUAUCCUACUGGCUCAGUUCCUGCUAUACCAGAACCAACUGAAAACUACGAUGUAUUUCCAAAAGAAUUUUCCUUUGGAGUGGCUAGUGGUGCUUAUCAUAUUGAAGGGGCCUGGGAUCAGGAUUGCAAAAGCGAAAGCAUUUGGGAUCGUUGGCUGCACACAUAUCCAUCCAUAGUCCUUGAUAGUUCAAAUGGUGAUAUUUCUGCUGAUGCAUACAAUCAUAUUAAGACCGAUAUCGAACUCUUGAACAAUCUAACUGUUAGACAUUACGUAUUCUCAAUCUCGUGGUCUAGAAUCAUAUACGACGGAUGUGGUGAUGUUAAUCCCUACGGAAUUGAGCAUUACCGCAGGAUUAUCAAGUUACUCAGACUUAAUCAGAUUGAGCCAAUCGUAAUUCUCUACUAUGGCGAUCUUCCACAAUCUCUUGAAGAUCAAGGAGGGCUCCUUUGUUCAUCUUUCGUUGAAUGGUACACUGAGUAUGCAAGAGUUUGUUUCGAAUACUUUGGAGAUGAUGUUAAAUAUUGGAUAACGUUCCAAAAACCAACCAUAAUCUGCAAAGAUGGUUACGGUUUAGGAACAUAUCCUCCUGGUAUAAACGAUGGACCUGGAAAUUAUGAAUACAUUUGCGGUCACAACCUUCUUAAAGCUCAUGCUGCUGCUUAUCAUUUAUACGAUGACUACUACAGAUCAUACCAAAAUGGAAAGAUAUCGAUUACUCUUAACUCCGAUUGGUAUGAACCUAAAUCUCCUUGUGAUACUGAUAUAUGGGCUGCUGAAACCCAGCUCCAAUUCCAAAUUGGUUGGUUUGCCCAUCCAAUUUAUCUUGGAGAUUAUCCAGAAGUUAUGAUUGAAAGAAUUCGUCUAAGUUGCGAAUACAACGGUUACUACAACGCAAGACUUCCGGUCUUUUCACAGGCAGAAAUCGAAUACAUUAAAGGAACUCAUGACUUCUUCUCAUUUGCCUACCAAUCAACUUUCUAUGUUACAGCUGCUGCUGACAAUUACUGGGGCAACAUCUGUUAUGAAUCAGAUGUAGGGGUGAAAUUACUUGCCUGUGAAGGAGAUAUUCUUACCUACGGAAUUAAAUACCUUCUUGAAUGGAUCAGCAUAAACUACUACAACCCAUCUGUGUUCAUUACUAAUGACGCUUAUGGCACAUGUUCAAGGGACUGUUAUGAUUGUGAUAGAAUUGAAUAUAUUAAGGCUAUCCUUAGAAAUGUUAGGAUUUCAAUGAUUGAGGACUGCACCAGAGUAUACGGAUACACGUACUACAGCUAUAUCGAUGGAUUUGAAUGGAACAUAAUUGAUGGAAGACUAGGAGGAUAUACCUGGAAAUAUGGUUUGUACGAUGUGGAGUUCGACUGCCCUCACAGAACCAGAACAGCCAGAUCAUCUGCAGCAUACUAUCAACAUCUCGCUUCCACUGGAUGUAUCGAUGAUCCUUGUCCAUCUAGGCACCACUAUUAUCAUUACUAAAACUACUAUUAUUACAAAUAAAUUGUUUUAAUUGUUGAA